GGCGACCCCAACACUAGAAGAAUGGUGCAAAGCCUAAUCGUGAGGAAUCCAUGGGCACUCUUUUGUUGAUCUUCGUCGCCAUACAAGCUUUGAUUACUUGAAGUUAUUGUCCUAAUUAAUGGCUGUGGCCGAGAUGAAGUGGACCAGCACUGCCCUUAUAGUCAUUGGCAUGCAGAAGGAUUAUGUUUCAAAGACUAGCCCGUCUCGAAUGGAAAGUGGCGAAGUCAUUCUACCUAAUGUUAUCAAGACUGUUGACGUUGCUCGAAGCCGCGGCAUGCCUAUCGUAUGGGUUGUUCGUGAGCAUGACCAUUUAGGGAGGGAUGUUGAGCUUUUCCGAAGGCACAACUACGUUACUCCCGAUAAGCCAAAGCCGGUUAUUAAAGGCAGACCCGGAACAGAACUAGUCGACGAGUUGGAGAUCAAAGACUCCGAUUACAAAUUAGUGAAGACGAGGUUCAGUGCAUUUUUCAACACGAACCUUCAUUCGUAUCUUCAGGCCAUCGGAGUUAAUAGCUUAGUGAUUAUCGGACUUCAAACCCCGAACUGCAUCAGGCAGACGGUGUUCGAUGCAGUAUCAUUUGAUUAUCAAAGUGUCAAAGUUAUUGCCGAUGCAAGUGGCGCAGCCGCACCGGAUAUACACGAAGUAAACCUCUACGACAUACGAAAGAUAAAUGUCGGGACACCUACGCUAGAAGAAUGGAGCAAACCUAUCUAACAUGAAAUGUUUAGUUACUAUGCUUUUAUGGCGAACUUCGCCUGGACCUAAUCGAAGUUGUAAUAACGCAUUGUGCGAAAUUUCCUUCGAAUGCUAUAAUAAACUAUGUUAGAAAGAUAGGGAGACUACAAAUCUCAUAAAUAUAUGUCCUCAAAAGA